AACCUACAAAUCGAUUCGCCAACCGAGAGAGAGAGAGAAAAACACACAGGGAGACGAGAGAGAGAAGAGAGUGAAAACACUCCUAUUCCUGUUCCUCACAAGGGUAUUCUCGUAAUUUCAAGACAAUGUCGUCGGCAGUGAUCCACACGGUGAAGGCAGAAGAAGGGCGGCCUGCGACGGCUGAGCGACCGUCGGCAGGACCAGUUUUCCGGUGUAAGUACGCCGUGAACGGCCUUCUCGAGCCGCCGCCGGAGCUACAGUCUCCUUGGCAGCUCUUUAGUGAGGCUGCAAAACAAUAUCCGAAUUGCCAAAUGUUAGGCCGCCGCAAAGUUAAUGAUUCUAAGGUCGGUCCAUACACAUGGAUCACGUAUAAGGAAGCUUAUGAUGCUGCGAUUCGAGUUGGAUCGGCUAUCAGAAGCCGAGGUGUGGAACCGGGAAAUUGUUGCGGAAUAUAUGGAUCGAAUUGUCCGGAAUGGAUUAUAGCGAUGGAGGCAUGCAUGAGCCAAGCCAUAACCUACGUACCAUUAUACGAAACUUUGGGAGCAAACGCAGUAGAGUUCAUCAUCAACCAUGCAGAGGUUUCUAUAGUAUUUGUUCAAGAGAAGAAGAUUCCUUCGAUUCUGUCAUGUCUUCCAGGCUGUGUUUUCAAUCUGAAGACUAUUGUCAGCUUCGGUAACAUCUCGAGCGGCCAAAAGGAAGAAGCUGAGAAACAUAGGAUCUCUCUGUAUUCAUGGCAAGAGUUUUCCCUUACGGGAGAGUCAGAACCGGAACUACCACGUAAGCAAAGAAGCGAUGUGUGCACGAUAAUGUACACAAGUGGGACGACAGGAGAACCCAAAGGAGUGAUCCUCAAUAACUCGGCACUUUUGACCCAAGUCCUGUCCAUUGACAAAAUGCUCCUUGUCGCUGACCGAUCGUGUGACAGUGGAGAUGUGUUCUUCUCGUACUUACCAUUAGCUCAUGUGUAUGAUCAAGUCAUGGAGAUCUACUUCUUCUCUAGAGGCUCCUCUGUCGGAUACUGGCGUGGCGACAUUAAAUAUCUGAUAGACGAUGUUCAAGAACUGAAACCCACAGCGUUCUGCGGCGUUCCAAGAGUUUAUGACAAGAUCUAUGCUGGCGUUAUGCAGAAGAUUUCAGCUAGUGGCUUGUUACGCAAGAAACUAUUCGAAUUCGCCUAUAACUAUAAAUUGGGGAAUAUGAGAAAAGGGUUGCCUCAAGAAGAAGCAUCUCCUCGACUAGACAGGCUUGUGUUCGAUAAGAUAAAAGAAGCAUUAGGGGGAAGAGCUCAUAUGUUGUUCUCUGGAGCGGCUCCUCUCCCUCGCCAUGUAGAAGAGUUCUUGAGGAUAAUCCCUGGUUCUAAUCUCUCCCAAGGUUAUGGACUUACAGAGAGCUGCGGAGGAAGUUUCACAACGCUUGCCGGAAUAUUCAGUAUGGUGAGUACGGUGGGAGUUCCGAUGCCAACCGUCGAGGCGAGGCUAGUCUCGGUUCCCGAGAUGGGAUAUGACGCGUUCUCCACCGAUGAUGUGCCGCGUGGCGAGAUUUGUCUUAGGGGAACCUCCAUGUUCUCCGGGUACCACAAGAGAGAAGACUUAACUGAUCAAGUUUUAAUCGAUGGAUGGUUCCACACAGGAGAUAUAGGAGAAUGGCAAGAAGAUGGGUCGAUGAAGAUAAUAGACAGGAAGAAGAACAUCUUCAAGUUGUCCCAAGGUGAAUACAUUGCAGUCGAAAACCUCGAGAACACUUACUCAAGGUGUCCUCUCGUCGCCCAAAUUUGGGUGUACGGAAACAGCUUCGAGUCAUUCUUGGUGGGAGUGGUAGUUCCCGAGAGACAAACACUCGAGGAUUGGACGAAACUGAACAAUGAGACACCCAAAGACUUCGAGUCUCUGUGUCAGAAUCCGAAGGCCAAGAAAUACAUCUUGGACCAACUCAACAGCACCGCUAAGCAAUUUCAACUUAAAGGGUUUGAGAUGUUGAAAGCAGUUUAUUUGGAGCCAAAUCCAUUUGAUAUUGAAAAAGAUCUCAUAACCCCAACUUUCAAACUGAAAAGGCCUCAGCUUCUCAACCAUUACAAGGACAUAAUCGAUCGACUCUAUAGAGAAGCGAAAGGUUCCAGGGAAUAGAAAACCUUUAUAUAUAUAUAUAUAUAUAUAUAUAUAUAUAUAUUGUGUAAAACUGUAAGUCUAAUAUGUUGUGUUUGGGUCCAAUCUAAACCAUAAUCCAUGAGGAAUUCUUCUAAAGUUUGUUGAUGCGUAACAUGUUAGCUACACUAAUUUCGGUUUCCGAUUUGGUAUUAUAAAUCUUUG